CUUGUUGUUGCUGCUGUAUACACUACUUCUGCUAGUGAUCUGAUACCUGGCCGACACCGUACCACCCGUCUGGGGCUUUGGCUAUGCUGUAAGACGUACUAAGCUACCUUGAAGCCACUCUGCCUUCCUCUCCUCACCGUCAGCACGCCAUGGUCAUCGUGCGCUCGUGCACCGUGCCACGUCUUGUCAACUUUCUCAGGCUUGUAUGGCUACUCUCAGUAGCAUGGUACGAACUUGGCACCUUCUACCACCAUACUGCAGGCUGUGCGUGGCCAGAUGAGACACUUGCGACGUCUGGCACCUCCACCGUACCUCCAACACAUGUUCUUUUGGUCGCCGACCCCCAGAUUCUUGACCACCGCUCUUACCCGGAGCGCCCACCAUGGCUUAUGCGCCUGAGCCAAUUCAUCGUGGACUUGAAUAUCAGGAAGAGCUGGCGUGCAGUGCUGCGACGCCGUCCUGAGCAAGUCGUCUUUCUUGGAGACAUGAUGGACAACGGUAGGGUGGACAUGUCUGACGAUGAGUACGGUCGCUACGUUCGUAGGUUCAGGAGCAUUUUCGCGCAUGAUGAGCGUCUCGCCAUGCAUUACAUGCCCGGGAACCAUGACAUAGGGUUAGGCGUGUCGUCCCCCUCAUAUCGGUUUUCUGACCUUGCCCGGGAGCGUUACCUCUCUUCCUUCGGCCCGCUCAACCAGCGCAUCACUUUGGGCAAUCACACAGUGCUGCUGAUAGAUGCGCCCAGUCUUGUUGAUGAAGAACGAGCGCGUACAGCCUCGGGCGCAUCGUACUCUGAAUGGGCAGCAGCACAUUCAGAUAGCACCACUGCAUUCGUGCAAGCGUUCGGCCGAAACGCAGAUCUUUCCGAAAGCGACGGCCUCAUCUUAUUCACUCACGUCCCGCUGUCCCGGCCCGAAGGGACGUCUUGUGGCCCCCUACGCGAGCGCGGCACUCUUCGCCAGGGCCGAGGAUUGGGGUACCAAAAUUUGCUCACUCCCCAGGCGUCGCAAUUCCUGUUGCAGAACAUACGACCGGCGAUCAUCUUCGGCGGAGAUGACCACGAUUACUGCGAAUACGUCCACACCGUUCCAUCCGUGGAUACGAAGCGUCCGUCGCCGCCCGCCUCGAUACCCGAGAUAACAGUGAAGUCGUUCUCUAUGGCUAUGGGCAUCCGACGGCCUGGCUACCAGCUGCUCUCCCUUAUUCCGCCGGCCGCCUUCCCGGAGACCCAGACGAUCGCGCACACGCCGUGUCUUCUACCCGACCAGCUCGGCAUCUAUCUCAACAUCUACGUCCCGCUCAUCGUCCUGAGUCUGGCGAUCCUCCUCUUGUCGAACAUCCGACGUUCAUGCACCCGCCACUCUACAUCCACCGCGCGGUCAAGCGAGUGGACAUCCUUGGACCCUAAUGACGCGGCUGAGCCCGACUACGACCUCCCUCCGCCAAGCGCAUGGCGCUCGAAGGAGUUCCCGCGGCCAGGUUGGUCGCGCACGUUCGCUGUCCCCUUCAGCGGGCGUCGACUGCGAGUGACACUUGCUCCAUCUGCGCUGCUUGAGCCAUUGAAGGCAUUUCUCUGGACGGGUGGGAAAGCAGGUGACGACGAGAGCCGGAGGAAGAGAAGCGUUCUGAAGGGUUUCUUGUUCGACAUACGGGAUGUUGCAUGGGCGCCGCUCGCGUUAUUUGUACUGAUCGCGUGGUGGGUGUGGUGAAUUCUCUGGAGGUGGCUUGCUGCGCUGCGUAUGCUCGAGUGCUGUAUGUGCUGUAUGUAUGCGAUCCCAGGAUAUCACUCUUGCUUGGCCGACCG